UGCCGUAUCCUGUUGCUGACGGAACCGGCCACAAAACAAACAAGGGACAAUGUCUGAAGUUGCAGUACUUUCACAGUUCAACCUCUCUACCGACCCUCAUGCUCAAGUGCUCAUAUGCUGCCAUGACACAUGCCGCAUCGCCCUUCUCCCCAGUCCUGCCCAAGUCAGCGAGCAUCUCCGAAAGAAGCAUAACAUACCUGCUGCUGAGCGACGUCUGGUAACCGAUCUCUUGAAGGCCCGUAUAUCGCUACUACAGAGCCCAUCCAAGGCUCCUAUUCGACAAGAUGGGGCAGCCUACGACCCGAACCUGCAUCUUGUUCACGGGUUUAGGUGCCAGUUCUGCAACGAACGUACGGCUAGCUCCCAAGUCAUGUCUCGUCACAUGACCCCGGCACACGAGAAGCAAAGAUUACAGCUGGGAGUGCGUAGAAAAGCCAUGUACGAACCUGUAUUCCUGCAAGCGUGGACUAAAAGUCCCUCGGGAGGACGUUACUGGAUUGUCGAAUAUGGCGGGUCUACAAUCAGACCAGUCGGGGGCAAGGAAGUUUGCGACCAUCUUGAGGGUGUUUUCGAGCGCGAGAGAGAACGACAAAAAGACCUGUUAGGCGGGGGCUCAGCGAAUGGGAAUGUGACUACUAGGGACUCACGAACCACAUCAUUCACGGAUCUCAGGCCCUGGCUGGAGAGAACCGGAUGGGAACGGACUUUUGAAGGACGCUGCACCCUCUCCUGCAACUUUAAGUCGGGGGCUGAUACUGGAGGGCGGUGGUAGUCGCGGUGGCCCUGUUCGUCCCGACGAACAAACAACAAGCUCGGCGGAUGAUGAACGCAAAAUCACUGCUCUUAUUACCGCCGUGGAUUUGGUAAUGAGCCGCUGCGAGCAAACGGCACGGACAACAAGCAGAAGUCUUCUGUGUUGGUUGCGUAGUGUACGCCCCCACGGGUGUUAUGCG